UUGAAUGAAAAACAAGGAAAAUGAAUGAUGAAAAUAUUACCUAUUGUAAAUUCGUUUCAGUCUAAAUGUAUUUUUCAUUAUUUUCUAUUUUUUACCGGUUGGAGUUGUAUGAAUAAUAUGUGAAUAAUGUAAUAAAUGAGUGUUAUAGGGAUCUAUUGCUUUUGUAGGCAUAAAGAUCUAAAUAUGAUUUAAUAUUUUUUUGUAAGAAUAUCAAGAAAAUUGAUUUUCUCUGAAUGAAAAAUAUGGUUGUGGUGUUUUUGCAUAAUGUGGACUUGGAAAUAAACUAAAUAAAAUGGCACGGGACGGUGACUUGCCUACUAUUUUCAACCCAAAGCGAGUGCGCGCUCCUUCUGUGAUAAUAACAAGUGAAGAAGUGGAAAAUGAAAGAGGUGGUGGUGAUGGGGACAGGGAUCGUCCGAAUGGACCGCCGACGCCUUUGAGCCCUCGGGCUCCGCUUACUCCUCAAGCCUCCGUGUGCUCUGCGCCUCCACUGACUACACAGCCGUCACUGCAGCAGGCGUACAGUGAAUCAGCCACCAGCAGUCAGGAUGAAGAGCGUCAGUUGCGUGAUAAGAAAUGCCCUCGAUCUUGUUGCUCAAAAUUCGCCAAGAAGAUAUACUAUGGUAUUUGUGUAAUGUUAACAUUAACUGCCAGCUGGGUGACAUCUACCCACUGCAUUAAGCACAUGUAUCUUGAAGAGUAUCCCCCAACCACCCACGGUAUGGUUUACAGUACUGAGUCAUCCCCUAUGGUCAACAACUUUACUAGACAUCACUCACAUAAUCUCUACAAUGCACCAUUUUUCACAGCAUGGUUCUGCACUAACUGGUUGAUAUUAUUUUACCCCCUGUAUCUGAUAGUAAUGCUCAUACAUAACAAGUGUAAGUCUGCCAAUGAUAUUGUGUUUGAUGCCUUCAGUGAUUUUAAGGAGAAAGGAUUUACUUUUGCACGAUUCAUAAGCCGAUGUGGUCUGUUCUGUCUUCUGUGGACAGUUACAAUCUACAUGUACACUUAUGCACUGAAGAUCUUACUCUCCACUGAUGUGAUGGCACUUUUUGCUACCAAUGUGUCAUGCAUCUAUCUCCUGUCAUGGGUCAUACUACAUGAACAGUUUGUUGGAGUCAGGAUCGUAGCAGCUAUACUAUGCGACACCGGUAUAGCUUUACUGGCGUACAUGGACGGGAUCACAGGCAGCUCUACCCUAGGAGGAGUGGUGUUAGCGGCGUGUGCCGCUGCAGGGUUCGCCAUAUUCAGGGUGUUGUUCAGAAAAGUGAUGGGUGACGUGAACUCUGGUCAGCGCGCCCUGUUCUUCUCUAUUCUGGGCAUUGUGAACGCGUCUCUCCUGUGGCCUCUCUGCCUCGCACUCUACCUCACCGGCUCCGAGAUGUUGCCCUCUCACCGCAUGCCUUGGAUUUAUCUGCUCGUUGCUAGUAUUUCGUUGCUCAUUUUCCACCUGGUGUUUCAGUUUGGCAAUAUCAUCACAUACAAUAUCUUUGUUUCACUCGCUCUUAUUACCGCAGUCCCGGUUUCGGCAGCAUUGGAUGUGGUCCUGUAUGGAGUACAGUUUGAGGGCAUGAAUCUCGCUGGUCUGAUACUAAUCGGGGUCGGCUUCUUCUUGGUCAUGUUUCCGGACAACUGGCCUGAUUACAUCAUGAGGCUUUUGAGAUGGAGCCGCAGUCGCAAACGGGGCAAUAACGGCACGGGCCGCAACCGCGACGCCAUGGACUACCGCACGGGCUACAUACGGUCGCACCUGCGCUCCCCGUCCGGCCGCGUCAGGUGACCGCCCGAGCCGAGCCCCGCCACCUAGCAGCCGCUACUCGUGGUAUCCUGCGCGGCCGGGUACUACGAGCACGCUGUUAGGAAGUCUGUCUAAUGCACCGACAGGGGGCGCCGUUUGCACUCUUUUUGCCAGGAGGUCCGUAUGUCCGUCACGUCUCAUCAACACCUGUUUGUUCGAAUAUUACCAUCAAUAGUUCUCGGUUAGUGAAGAAAGACGCUGUGCCGAAGUGUUUUCUGAAGUGCGGUGACAGUUGUUCCAUCUAGCAUAUUAAUGUUUAGGUACUAGGGACUGUGUCGUGACUUAUGACGGAUAGAUAAUGUACUCUCAGUAAAAAGCCCUUAAAAUGUGUGUUAUUGAUGUCUGCUGAAGGCAACUAAAAGUGAAAUUAUACCGGGUGUAGCAACUAUUUGUAUUUUCAUGAAAACCAUCUCAAAUAUGUUAUCUUUAUUUCACUUCUAUUAAUCUUAGCACAAAAGCUACUACAAACAAUUACCUAAAUCUAUAAUCAAAAGGGUGCUCUUUAACUGAGAGUGACGUACUUAUACGGGCCUAUGUCAGUUAUGAAGGAGUUAAGCAAAUCGAUGGGACAAUCACGAGGAAAAUUUGAACUUUAUUAGAAAUCAUCGAUGCAAUGAGUAAAAUGUAAUCGAAAAUAAUUUAUUUCUCUACAUUCUCUGUAGGAAUAACAAUAAUGUGGUGGUAUUAUGUAGUAGAUAUAUAAAUGUUAUAUUGUGUACCUAUGAUUACUAUGUGCUGUAUACUUUUCAAGAUUACGGAUUCUUCUCGCGAUGUCAAAGCGUCAUAUAUCUCGUUCUGCCAACUGACUUCUUUCCGCUGGCAAAUAGAGCUCAGAUCACGCCCCAAGAUACAAUCGAUCGAUAUUAUCUAAAACAUUUUCGCUUAGACUAGUGGUUACGUAGCUUCGUGUACGUCUCGACACGUUAGAAAAUCAAUUCACGUUCGAAGUUUGCGCGAAUAUAAAAUUCAUGAGUUUUGUUGUUUUUAUGAUGAUAUCUGAUGUCGCGCUCGGCUAGUAUUCAAUCCCAGUAUUGAUUCAGCGUUUGUAGGCUGCCACUGUAGUGACCGUCUACACAACUUGUGGAGCUAGCCUUAGAUUGUAUGACAAAUAAAAUCUGAUAUUUCUUUUAUGGAAACAAAGAUAAAAAUGUAUUUGAUACAUUUAGUAAAGCGCAAACUUCUAGUAUAUUAGUUAAAUUACAUUCCAAUUCAUUUCCUAUUUGAAGAUGUCCAUUUCAAUAUGUACAAGAUGCAAGAACUAUAAUUAUCUAUAUAGAACAUUCUUCCUCAUCUUAGCACUUUGUUUCCUAGUCUACUUCAGUUGUAACUAUACAUAUAACUUGGCACUCCUAAUUCUUAUCUUAUGGUACUUGCAUACUUAUCUCGGUGUUGUGAUCCACCCGUAGGUUUAGUGUAGGUUAAGGACCAGUUAAAGGUAUGAGAAAUAAACGGAAUACUGUGUACGGAACAAAUCAAUACAUCGUUAGUAAAAAUUGAAGACUUUGUAAAAUUUUCCGUUAGUUUCAUUGGUGACAAUAAUAAUGUAGAAACCGCUAUUUAUAAUAAUAUUUAUGAAUCUAUCGGCGAAAUGUUGAUUUUCUUUCAUACCUUUAUUGGUCCUCGGGAAUGGCUUCCGAAUUUGUAACUUAUUACUUGAUCUCAAAGAAUCUAGUCAAAUAUUAUAGUCAGGGUAAAUUAUAUACUUAGAAAUAACAAUAAUUUUGUAUAACUAUGAAGGCGAUCAUGUCGAAAUGUAGCCGAACGAUGCUAAAUCGCUUAAAAGGGUAUAUCGCGUGCUAUGUGCAACUGUAGGAAAUUGUGUGGGGAAUCGUUCAUAGUCAAUAUUUCAAAUGCAUUGGACAGCCUAUUAAUACAAGUUGUAUUUUGUCAUAACUUCAAUCUUCUAAGAAUAUAUCCUUGACAUUGAUAUACAAUAGGUGGACACUACAGGCUGUUCAGUUAACAGACCGAAGACAAUCAACUAAAUUAAUAUACAAUCUUGAACUUUAUCGCCUUUAACACUCGUUCCAUUCUCUACGUUUCCCUGUAUAAAAUAAGUAUUACAAUACAACCGCCCCAAUGUAGUGUUAAUUCAUAUUAUAUCGUAGCACUUUAAUAAAUAUUAUCGUACCUAUGCAAUGGAUGGACGUAGAGGUCGUAGAGUAGUGAAUAGUGACACGUUGUCCGUAUUCGGAUAUUUUAUAGAUGAGUUAUUACUUUUGUAUUAUGUGAUUCAAGAGUGAGCUUACUGCUGUUCAGUUAUGCCAACAUUACCAUGUCUUCAUUCUUUCAUUGAUCUGAAUACACAAUUUAUUUAAUGAGAUGAUACUGUUGGUAUAACUGGGUAUGGUUGUCGAUGAUUAAAAAGCCGGUCCUUUGAUUGUCAUACAUAACCGCGGGUGCAUAUAAGAAGAAAUGUUAGUACAUAGCAGAUUUAUUCCGAUCAUCUAAAGAACACCUUUCCACUAUAAAUAAAUGCUACAAACUUGUUAUAAUAAGUAGCAAUUCUAAAGAGUAGUCACACAUUUUUACCUGUGUGCGUAGAGAUGUGUAAAAUACCAUAGAAUUGAAACGACUUGACGUCAUUGUGGUGAUUGCGCUACGGUCAAGUUGUCGUGGUUAUACUUACAUGCGCUCACGAUUGACGCAUUUCAGAACUAUUACGUCGAUAUAUUGAUUGUGGUCUCGUUUACAUGUUACUUCAUGACGAUUGAUUGAUAAGCUGAUUCGAUACACGUUGCAUAAGUGCAAGCCUGACCUAAUGACGAAAGCAAUAGUGACGUACUUAAAUGCAUAUUUCAUAUACCUCUUCGAUAUUUGAAACGAUGGCUAAUUGAGUUAUUGUUUAUUAUAGAGAUACUCUUUUAUUGUCUCAUCUGAAAUCUAAUUUUUUAAAGUUAAUAUACUAUUUUACAAAUAUCUAGUAGCCUUGCUGUAUUACCUUUAUUGUUAAUUGAAAUAUAAACAAUUGGUACGGUAACGUACAAUGGUAACAUGUAAACAAGACAUUGGUUAUUUAUAACUUGUAAUUGUAGAUUCAGAAAGUAAUUCAUUCAAGUACAUCUACCAAUGACAUUUAUAACAUUGAAAUUAACACAAUAAUAAUUAAUGUUAACUACGGUGUUGAAUGGUUUCUUUUUUAUAGUUACGUGCCUUUACGAAGUUGAAGCGUAAUAUGUACCCUUUGUUAGUUGUUGAUAUUUGUUAGUGUACUCGUUAUUGUUUCAUGUUUAUUAUUCAUAUAGAAAUUUCUCAAUCGUCGAUAGCGUUAAAGCGCCAUCUUAUAUAUUAUAGCCUUAGUGUCUUAUCACGUGUUCCGGUUGCCGGGUAGCCGGCGGCGUAGUGUAUACAAAUUACGCCGGUACGCCGUACGUAUUAAAGCUCUACGCCGUCGGGUACCCUGCAACCGGAACGUGUGAAAAGGCACUUAUAUUCUCUUUAAUCCUACUUCAAUAUAAGUUAUAUGAUACUCAAGUAGUGUAUUCGUACUACCCCAUGACUAUCCCCUAGCGAAAUAUUUUAUGUGUUGUACACCGUCGACGUCAGUGUGGUCGGUAUUAGUUCGUUGUCUUUAUGAUUGUGUGAAUGUAUUUCGUAUCGUCUUAGCUCAAUGUGUCUGUUGUGACUGAUGUUUUGUACCACGCUUAUGUACUGUAGAUACCUAUAUUAUUUUUGUAUCGUCUUCUUUAUUUUAGAUACUCGUAGUUCCGUGAUUUGUAUUCUAAUUACGUAAAUUGAAAUAAUUAAAAAAAAAAUAUUAAAAUAAAAAAUUAAACAAAGUUUUAUAAUUCGAUCUCAAAUUAUUAAUGAUGUUAAACAUUUUGUACAUUGGUUAUUGUUUCUACAGUCUUUAUUGCUCGUUUUAAUUGUAAAAUUUUAAAGACUGAAUUAAAUGGAAGUUGACUAAAAUUCAAUUAUGCAGUCAUGGAUGUUAGUCUAGUCGUUAGUUUAUAGGUAUUACUGAAGAUAAUGUUUAAUUCGAUUCGUAGGGUCGUGUUUAUUGGUGUCUAGAGUUAGGAGGUAACUGAAUACUUGUAUUAGGACUCACGUGGUUACGAGUAGUGCAACCUUGUAUGUGUGUCUUACAUUAACUGCGAGUAGUGAACACGAGAUAACACCUU